UCAAAACAGCGAUGAUGGUUAACUAAAAUUUCAGUGACACUGACGGAUUUUCUAAGGAAAAUUAAAUGGAAAUACAUGCAAAUUUACGAUACAAAUUCACAGAUGUAUUAAAAAUUACAAUUAUAUACUUACUGUCAGACUUUAGAUAGCAUUUAUUCACAAUUUACUGUAAUAUUUGUUAUGACGAAAUAAGAUUUUCUUCAUUGCCCAGCACAGCAGUUCAGCUGACACAGUCUCGAUCUUGGAUGGAUGAUGUGCGCAUGCGCGGCGGCCGGUGGGUCUCUCUAGCUCUCGCUCGACGAAAGACUUCCGCAUAUCGUAUACGGUACAUCCUGCAAUGCAAAUACUUAUUACUUAUUAGUCUCAGGAAUGACCGUCUAUUUCAGAAUGUCCGAGGUCAAGGAAAUCUGUGAGUAGUGUAUCAAUAGGCUACCCAAUAAGGAACACCGGCUGCCGGAACACCAAUUUAGAGAAUCCAAUGUUUCACUUCUCAAGGAUUUUCCACCUCAAGCGUUUCUUUCUGGGAGACUGCCAAGCUACAAGGAGAGUCUUCUCUUGCUUCCAUCCAUCUUUGAAUACCUCUCUGCUAUCAAGCUCACCCCCUUCCUUGCUGAACCCUUGGAUUUCCAGGAGAAUGGCAUCAGGAAAUGGUAACACUUCCCUCAUUGUCCCCCAAGACUUUGAUUACUUUCUGGUCCUGGAUUUUGAAGCAACCUGCUUGGAUAAUCAAAAGAUAGAACCUCAGGAAGUGAUUGAAUUUCCUGUUCUUAAAGUUAGUGGUAAAACUUUCCAGACAGAAGCCACAUUUCAUCAGUAUGUUGAGCCACAGGUUCAUGGUGUCGGGGAAUUCUGCACAAGGCUUACAGGAAUCACACGUGACAUGGUAAAAAAUCAACCAACAUUUGCAGAUACUUUGAAGUCAUUUCACAUAUGGAUGGAGAAGGAAGGCCUUAUAGAUCCAGACAUUAAAUUCAUAUUUGUCACGUGUGGAGACUGGGAUCUGAAAACUAUGUUGCCAAGCCAAUGUGCCCAUUUUGAGCUUCCAUAUCACUCAUACUUCAGAAGAUGGCUUAACAUUAAGAAGGCUUAUGCUACAGUGACUAGUCACUACCCCAAGGGAAUGAUGCAGAUGUUAGAGAAACUAAACAUUCCACAUGUCGGCAGGCAUCAUAGUGGCAUAGAUGAUUGCCGCAAUAUCGCCAACAUUCUCCAAGCUCUGGCCCACAGGAGAUACAAGUUCAAGCAAACAGGAAGUAGAUGACGGGUCUCAUUCAUCUUGACCCCAGGGUCACGUAAGAUGACUUCCAUGGUCAGUGUCUUUUGCUGGACACCAGAGACAAUUCUUAGUUUCUAAAAUUGUGAAGUGCCAAGUACAAUGUGGACAAGGAGUUCUUGUAACACAAGAGAGGUCCAUUCUGUUCACCUUCAUUCAAAACCUGAGGGGUGGAGAUCUGCCUUCAUCUCAGUUAACAAUGUCCUUUGGCUAAUUUAGUAGAGCCAAGAAAAUGUAGAGUUGUUUGUCAUUUCUGCCUAGGGCCCUGUAACAUAAAGUUUAGCGAUUGGUUAUUGGGUUAAUUUUUACAAUUGAUCGUAACAAUGAUUAUUGCAAUCAAUUUGUAAAUCAACCAGUGAUCAAUUACUAAACUUCUUGUCAGAGGACCCAGGUGAUAUCUAUUUCAUAAACUAUAUUAAAGGGAUUCUCCAGGCUGAAGAUAUUCAUAUCUCAAUAAACAGAGUAAAAUCCUGAAUAUUUGAUCAAAAUCAGAUAACAAACAACAAAGCUAUUGAAUUUUAAAGAUUUGCAUUAUUCCGAUGAAACAGUUCUAGGGAUGUCUUCAUGAAUAUUCAUGAGAUGGACUGAUGAUGUCAUAUUCCCACUAGUUCUUUUGUGUUUCUUCUACCAAGAACUAAAACAAUUGGAUUGACAACUGAUUAAAGUGCAUUAGUUAUUUAUUACUGCAACUUAUUUCACCAUAAUGGAGACACAUCACUUACACAUUUAUGAAAAAAUGAAACAAUUAUGAUUUCAUUUAAUAGCUUAAGAAAAAGGAAAGUGAGGAUGUGACAUCAUCAGCCCACCUAAUUUGAAUAUUCAUGAAGACUUGCCUAGAACUGUUUCACCGGAAUAAUGCAAAUAUUUAAAAUUCAAUAACUUUGUUACUUGUUAUCCGAUUGUGAUGAAAUUUUCAGCAUUUUGCUCUGUGAAUUUUACUCUAUUUAUUUAUAUAUAAAUAUAUUCAGCCCAGAGUAUCCUUUUACUGUGGGGGGCUGACUCAGCCCCCCCCCCCCCCGACAUUUUUCAUGAUAAAUCUGCCUCGCAAAUUUGUUUGACUGCGUCGCUUGCUGACUUUGGACUUUUUGCAACUUUUGAGAUCAAAUUUGUAACCCACGGGAACGCGGCUCCAAAAUUAUGCAACAUUUCGUAAGUGCAUGCAUACCCAAAAUUUCUCCAAAAAAUGAUUUUGUGUACAAAUCCAAUGCAAAUAGAGUUUUUAGCAAAAAAAAGAAAAUCAUUUUUUUUUACUGAUUGAAAUCAAUUAAUUUCAUCUUGUUUAUGGUCAAAAUAAAGUCCCUGACAAUUUCCAUUGAAAAAAACAUUGAAAAACAAAGAAAUACAUAGGAAAUUUAGAAAAUAAUGAAAUACAUAAGAAAAUUAAUGUGAUUUAAAAAAAAAAUGAGUACAUUUGAUCAGAUUCCUAUAAAGAGUCUUUGAACCCAAAAUUAGCAUUUUAGGGGCAUUUUUUUAGUAAAUUAGAGCAAACUUUUGAUUUUACACAUAAUUAGCAAUGAGAUUUGUUUGCAGAAUUUGAACUUAUACAUGUAGUUGUAUAGAUUAUGCCAUGGGUAAUGCGCGUGCCAAUUUUUGACACGAUCGCGCGAUCGACGGCCGAGUUCAUAAGGGGGGCUUAAUCAGCCCUCCCCCCAGUCUUCUUCGGCGUCAAAAUAGCCCAGUCUAUUUAGGAUUAAACAUGAACAACUCCUGAAAGUCUGUUGUUUUUACACAACCUGCCUAGUCUAAAGGCCACCGCACACCUUACGACCCGACUGGUCUGCGACUGAGUGAGGGAAGAUGAAUCGCAAGGUGGUCAUAAACCUCAACACUGCACACCUUGCGAUCCGACUGCACUGUCUUCGACUCGCGCAUGUGCUGUUUAAUCAAGGAUGGAGAUGUCUGUUGGAUGUACAUAUUCAUGAGGUUUCUUUCUUUCUUUCCUUUUUUCAAAAUAAAUUACAAUAUAAAUCAAACAAAUCAACAAGCUAUUUACAUGACCAAACAGAGCAGCACUUAAGUAUGUAUAAGUUUGUAGCACCGGAUUUUUACUUAUCGACCUAUUUUCUAGGUCAUCUAGCUUGGUGAACAGAUUCUGAUUCUCUUUCUUUAACUGGUUUUCAUUCUCCUUGAGGCCCUCAAUCUCAAAUUCAUGUUCUUUGAGUUUAUCACCAACUUCGCCAAGUUUUAGGUCUUUUAGAGACUGGAGCCCCUUGAUGUUAGCUUCCAUACGCUUUUCAAAGAACUUAACAAACCAUUUGGGCGGGAUACUGUCUGACUGUAGGUCUAGGCUACGUUUUGCAUUACUGGCCACGGAGACGGGCCCCACGUUGGCCGUCAUCGUCUUCUCGCACCGACUCACUUCUCUAUGAAUGGGACUAUCACUAACUUUCAGUUUUUUAGUUAAUGGUGAAUAUUUUUUCCUGAGGUUUACUUACACUGUCUGGUGAGCUCAUUAUUCGAUCAAAGUAAUUUAUGGCAAAUCAAAGGUCCAUGUCAGUCCACUUAUAAUCAAUCACCUUGCCACAAGGGCGGGCCUUAAACUCAAAGUGUGCACCGAAAAUGCACGUUUUCAAUGCAACAUCACGUUUAGCCACGUUGAUCACUAUCCUCUGUACCUUUAGAUUAGAUGUUGAAUGACGUGCCUUUACAUUAGGCUCAAGGAAAGUCAGAGCCUUCAACACCCACACCUGUCUCGAUGUGUACAUCUUAGCUCCUGAUCCACUUGGUGAUUGUUUUAGUAACCGGCUAUAUUGUGUCCUCAACGUACUCAUUCUUGUGGCAAUUUCUUUAAAGUCACAACAGAAAAACAAAAUAGGAAGAAAUAUAAUAAAUUUUUUUAUUGUUAACAACUCACAAUCGGUAGUCCGUUGCGACAGUAUGCGGUGCCGGUCGGUAUCCCAGCCUGUCACAAAGAUUAUCGGAUAGAUAUCACAAAUAUAUUUACCUGAACAACCCACCACCAUCUUGAUUACUUUUUCCCGAGCAUCCCGGUUACUGAAGGCCGUGUCGGACAUGGCCUACAAACACCUUUUCUCCACCCAUAUCUACACUAAUUUCUCCUCCAUGAUGUAGGGCACCCACUGAUCGCAGCUAUCUUGCAGGUGUGACAUCACAUCAAUGCCGCUGUCUGAUUGGCUGGAAGUUGGAUUGAGCUUGCGAUCCAGUUUUAAGGAUUUGACAUGUCAAAAUAAGUCAAAUCAUGAUUUUCCUUGCGAUUUGUCUCUUACCUGACAAGAGCUGUGACGUCACAUUUCCCUUCAUCCAGUCGCAGACCAGUUGGGUUGCAAGGUUUGCGGUGGCCUCGACAAAUAAGGUAGAUGGGAGGCUAAGUCUUUGAUGGAGUUACUCCAAACUUGUUCCCAUUGCCGAAAGCCUAGAUUUUUAGUAUCUGUUGAAUUUUGAGUUGUACAUGCAUUAUAGUCCGAGGUUGUCCUCGAGUGCCAUCUUGUUUUUGUAAACGUACAAGCAUACUUUUAGAAGAAUACAUUUAUGUAUGAAAAAAGAUCUAGUCCCAAGUCUAAAAUUCACAUCUACAUGUUUUUCCAAUCUAUCCCCUGCAUUGAUUUCAGUGUGAAGACUACUUCAGUUAUCAGAACAGUGAGCACUGGAAUUUAAUGAAUUAUUUAAUCCUUAAUCAUAUUUUUAUGUAGAACGUUCAUGGGUGGUGUUCUCACAAGUGUUUCAAUCCACACUGCUAUGGAAAGCUAGUGUUAAUAUUUCAUUAGUUAUAUUCUCGACAAAUAUAAUGUGCCAUUUAAUUAAUUGGAAUUCGUUCUGUACUCAUCAUUUUCUUCCAACUUCAUAGCGAAAGUCAAUUUUUGACAAUUGAAUGUGGCAGGAUAAAAAUAAUUCAUACUUGAUGAAUGAGAUGAUAAAUGGCACUUGAUAAAACUGUGGUCAAAGUUAACAUAGGGUUAACUAAACCAUGGCUAUCAGAAUACAAACCCAUGUGAAACAAUUCAAAGCUCUAACCAGGAGUUAAAAUGUAGACAUGACUAUGGUAACUUCACCAUUAUGGCUACCAUCACCAUGGUAACAUGGUUCAGUAGCCAGUCACAGUGAAGGAUCCCAUAUGCAGAGCUGCCAAGUUGUAUUUUGCAUUUUCAGUAUUCUUAUCCCCCAAAAUCUGUAUUUUUACUGUGUAAAAUGCUUGGCGCACUUGCUCAUCACGGCGCUCAAGCUGCAUGCAAACUAAAAUGCACACUGCUCUUGCAGAUGAAAAAAAAAACAUUGAAACUUGUGUAUAUCUCACCCUGGUUUUUACAAAAUGAUUCAAAAAAUAAAACAAGUUACCUGAAAUUACAUUGUGAAAUAGAGACAUAUAGAGAUGAUUUUUCUCAAUAAAUUACGAUUUUGU